AUGUCAAAAAAGAAACUGAAGAAAUUAACUGGGAAGGAAGACUGUUUGGAUGGCCGGGAUGACAAAACCUCGGAAGACACAAGAUCUUAUAACCAUAGUAUGAAAAGAGAGACAGAAUUUCAAAGAUUCAAAAUAGAGAAAGAUGGACAAGAGGAGAAGAAGCAAGACCGAAGUUCUAAUAUUUCUCAUGGCGCUGAUGGAAGAUCCCAAGGAAAAUCUCCAAAUAGAAGUAAAACCACAGACAAUUCUUUAAUCCACACUGAAAAGCAAAAGAAAAUAGUUAUUCAAUUUAAAGCCAAAGAAAUUAAACAUGGAAAAAGUACGCGCACUCCUGAUGUAGUGACUACUAGCAGGGAAAGUUAUAACAAAAGUUGUUUUGAUGGAACAGAAGGAAGAAGGUUCUGGCAUAGCUUUGCAGUUCAGAGGGACAAGGCACUGAAGAAGAAGACAGAGAAAGUUGAACUCUGCAAACUAAAGUUAAAAGCAGAACAAACUAUGUUGGAAAAAUUUAAGUCAUCUGCCUAUGAUUCACAUGUACCACAUAAAAAGGGAGAUGGAUCAAAAAAACAGAGUGAAGAUGUCAGAAUUCCGAAAAAGCCAUCUGAUACCUCUACAGGGACUGUGCAUGAUGAUAGGCCCUUCACUAAGAAGCCAAAUACAUCAUCUAGGACUUGGGAAGAAGAGGACGAAGAAGAAUAUAAGGAGCUUUCUAAGAAAAACCGACAUGUGAGUAAACAUACACCAUCACACUAUUCAACUGAAACACCACAACGAUGGGACUCUUACAAACGGAAAAACCAUGAUAGUGAUUCUGAUAAAGGGACUGAAGAAAGGGACUCCGCUACAGCAGUAUGUUUUAAGCAGAAUUUUGAGGUCCCGUGCACAUCUGACACCUACCGAGACGGUCAGGACAUAAAGUCUAUCCAGAAGAGCUUUGAAGUCUUUCCACCCGUUCAGGACAGCCAGAACCAAGAAACAGACCAAGAGAUGCAGAUAGUUGAAGAUUUGCAUGUUGCUCGUGUUCAGAAGACGGUGGCGCUAUCUGUCGUACAGACUUGCGGAGAACUUACGAGUAUGGAAAUAGAUCUCCCAGAACAGGAUUUAAAUAUUUCUGCUGAGGCUUUUACUUCUGGUUUGAACAUAUUAGUGGUGAUUGACACAAAUAUAAUGAUUAGUCACCUUGAGUUUGUCAGAUCCCUGAAAUCUGAGGAUAUACCAGGGGUUGGCAGACUUGCAUUAAUAAUUCCUUGGGUCGUUCUACAAGAAUUGGACAACUUGAAGAAGGGGAAAAUGUUGCAGCAUGUUCGGGACAAAGCUAUCCCUGCAGUCCAGUUCAUCUACAUGUGUCUCAAAAACCAAGAUUCAAAAUUGUGGGGGCAAUCCAUGCAGCUUGCUUCACAAAAAAUAUAUGGCCUGAGUGACGAGAACAACGACGAUCGUGUUUUACAAUGUUGUCUGCAGUAUCAGAACCUCUUCCCUCAAGCUGUGGUCAUACUCUGCACGGAUGAUAAAAAUUUGUGUAAUAAAGCCAUUGUGAGUGAGGUCAAGGCAUUCUGUAAAGCUGAUUUGGUUACUGCUCUACAGAAUCUGAAUGUAAACAGGCACCAGAACUGUGUGGAGCUGCAACAGUCAAAAUGUGAUGCAGAAUUUGAGAAAACAGAAAGAGGUGAUGCGCGAUUCCCAAAUACACUUCCAGACCUUGAAAAGAACUUAGGGCAAGCUUUAUCUUGUAUUUUGGAGACUGAAAUGGAAAUUGCAUUUGGAAACCUAUGGUUGGAGAUCGUGUAUCUGAAGCCACCAUGGACACUAGCAAACUUGCUGAAGUGUUAUAAAAAACACUGGAUGGCCGUUUUUGAUUAUGUAGUGCCAAGGGGUUUACUUUCAACCAUUGAAUGUCUCCAUAAACACCUUUGUACAAGUAAACCAGUUGACUCCUCAACAGUGCGUAUCUUGCUCCAGGAAUCCAAAAAAUUACUCCAUGCUUUCAGUUCAAGGUCAGACUAUAACGGUGUACUUCCCCAGGCUUAUGCUGAAGUGAACAAGCUAUACCAAACACUUACCGAGGUGAGGUCAGACAGUGAGCAGGAUUUAUCAGAAGACAUCAUGGUUCUUUCAGAAAAUGCUGUAUGUGAAAAAAUGGAAGCAAUGACACCAAAUCUGCAAAACUCUGAAGAAAAAAAGUUACAUCCAAGCUUUCAUGUAGCUCAAGAAAACAGGCACCAGGAAAUCUGGUCAGUCCUUGAAGGUGUAUGGAAUACAAUAAACUUGUACAGUAUUGAAAUUUUCCAAAAGUUGGACCCCAACACAGUAACUGUGACUGCAAAGUCUUCGUUUGAAGAAGCUUUUUUAGGUCUGCAGAAACUGUUGGCAGCUGUGAAUGAUAUCCGUGAAGGAAUUAGUAGAAUUUUGACCCCAACCAGUAGUUUCCAAGAUAUUUGGACCCUCUAUAACUUCCUCAUAAGCAACGAGAUAAAUAACAGUAUAAAAUUUACUGCUGAGGAGCUUUAUGAGUGUGUUUCACAAGAGCGAUAUCGGGAGAGGCUGGAAGUCGGAUGCUGCCAGCUGGCCCAGCUGGAACACACGGUUAAGCAGUGUCACGCCUCGGUUCAGAUGGAAGCCAAGAACAGGGGCUGGCUGUGA